CACAACUCAGUCACUGCGUCGACGUUCUUGAUGCCAUGUAUCUCUACCUCGCAAGCAACCCCAGGGCGUUGUAUCUUGCUACGAGCUCACAAGAUGAACAACUAGGUCGUCCCAAGCGCAUUCUUGUCUUUCGUGCCGGCGAGAAUUACAACCAGACAGUGGUAGAAUUCCUUUCCAAGGACGAAGUAGAUCUGUCUAGUGCGGUCAGGUUGACGAAUAGGGUUGUGAAGGGAUGUCUUGGUCUCAUUUCGAUAGAUAAUGACAUCUUCCUCGUUCUUGUGACCAGUGCCUCGGAAGUGGGGAAUACACGUCCAUCUGCACCUUCGUCGGAAGCCGUCGCCCGAAUACAUGAAGUCGGCUUUUAUAGCUUGACAUCCUCGGCCUGGGAUGAUCUCUCUCUCAGUAGAGAUCUGCCUAGUCCUGAUAUUAGUGACUACUCAUCGCGCGACAAUUAUGCUCAGGCCAUGCCCUCUUCUCAAGUCUUCGAGCAUCCUUGUAUGCCAUUGACGAAGAUAUUAUCCUCAGGUUCCUUCUACUAUACCAUAAACUCUCAGUGGGAUCUCUCCUCGCGACUUUCUCAGCGACUUGCUCGAGAUCCAACCCUUUCCCGGGACCCAGGUAGCUUUGAUGAACGAUUUGUAUGGAACGAAUAUGUUGCGAGGAGUUUGCUGGAAUUUAGGGAGCGGUUGGACCCCCAAGAACGCGAAGACUUGGAUCGUUGCCAUUUCAUUAUUCUAGCGAUCCAAGGAUACGUAGGUAUCUCAUCCAUGGCUCUCCCGAUGCCCCCAACCGAUGGCAAACCGACCAUUGCAACUCUAUCGUUGAUAUCCCGACUCGGUUCCAAACGAGCAGGCACCCGUUUUAACACGCGUGGAGUCGAUGAUGACGGCAAUUGUGCGAAUUUUGUCGAGACUGAAAUCCUGUUUACUACUGAUCAGCACACUGUUAGUUAUGUACAAGUUCGCGGAAGCGUUCCAUUAUUUUGGGAACAGCAAGGUCUUCAAACGUUUGGUCAACGAAUUCAGAUUACUCGUCCACAUGCCUCGCAACCAGCCUUUGAAAGGCAUUUUUCUCAUCUGACGGAGGAGUAUGGCGGCGUCCAUGUUAUCAAUUUACUAGGAACAAAGGAAAAUGAAGCAAUUCUGACUAGUGCAUACGGUCGCCAUUUGCGUAUAGCUCGUGGAGUGUUUGGUGAAUCUCUAGGCAUAACGCAUUUUGAUUUCCACAACGCGGUCAGGAUUGGCGGACACGACAGCGUCGUCAGAGAAUUAAGACGAACGGAACCUAUCACCGAUCAUGUUGAUCAAUAUGGAUUUACUAUGUGUGACACGAACACCGACGAAGUAGUGACGCAGCAAAAGGGUGUAUUCAGAAGUAACUGUCUGGACUGCCUUGACCGGACUAAUUUUGUCCAAGAUAUCCUGUCUCGAUUGACUUUAGAGCAGUACAUAUUGCUGGUCCGAAGAGAGUGGAUCCACUCUCAUCCCCUCUGGUCCGUCCAUCGAGAACUCUGGGCAGAAAAUGGUGACGCUUUAUCGAGAAUCUACGCUGGUACUGGUGCCUUGAAUACAAGUUUCACCCGUAGCGGAAAGCGCACAUUGGCAGGUGUACUUUCUGACGCAACUAAGAGCGUUUCGCGUGCAUACAUCAAUAAUUUCCAGGAUAAGGCCAAACAGACCGCUAUUGACAUGUUCUUGGGGAACAUGAAUUCCCAGAAGAUGGUGACUAUAUUUGAUCCUGUUCAUGAUUCGGUGCGGCAAGCAUUAGAACAACGUCUAGGAGAAUACUCCACGACGAAGAAAUGCACUAUCUUCACUGGUACCUGGAACUUGAAUGGCCGCCCGCCUUCUGAGUCUCUAAUACCGUGGCUGUUUCCUCGUGAGAGUGCCGGGGAACCCGACAUGUUUAUUCUAGGAUUUCAGGAAAUAGUCCCUUUAACUGCACAGCAAAUCGUACAGACAGAUCCAGAGAAACGGCGGAUAUGGGAGGCUCGAAUACUGGAUACUCUAGAGCGUCGUCCUCACAAGAAGUCCUCUUACGUUCUUUUGAGGAGUGAACAGCUGGUCGGUACGGCUUUGUUCGUUCUUGUGAAGGCUGAAUUGGCGCCAGUGAUUCGGAAUGUUGAAGCUACGUCACGGAAGACCGGUUUGAGAGGGAUGUCGGGCAAUAAAGGUGCUGUAGGGAUACGCCUACAAUACCAUGAUACCAAUUUCUGUUUCCUUACGGCCCAUCUUGCCGCUGGUCAUUCUAACGUUGAUGAACGGAAUGCCGACUACAGAACCAUUGUCAACGACUUACAUUUCCUGAAAGGAAAGACCAUAUCAAGCCAUGAGAAUAUUAUAUGGCUUGCAGAUACAAACUACCGAAUAGAUUUGGAUAAUGAAAUCGUUCGGACUUUAGCACAGUCUGAUGACUUUGAUAGCCUGGUGUCAGCCGAUCAACUCAAACAAGUCAUGGAUGCGGGACUAGCAUUCACUGGAUACGAGGAGGGUCCACUAUUGUUCAGACCGACGUACCGGUACGACGUUGGUACUGAUAACUAUGAUACCAGUGAAAAAGCCCGUGUACCCGCUUGGACCGACCGUAUUCUUUACCGUGGAAAUCAACUCGAUCUCUCUGUUUACUCCCGAGCAGAUUUGAGAGGAUCGGAUCAUAGACCUGUUUUUGCAAUCUUCAGAGCAAAUAUUCGCAUAAUAGAUACAGCCAAACGCACAGCCCUGCAAAAGGUCCUUCUGGAUAGCGUUAUUUCCACGGCGCCGGGUGAAAAGUUGGACGAGAAGCUGGCUUCGCUCGUUGUGUCAUUGGAUCAUCAAGAUCUUCCCUUACCUAGUACCGAUGAGAAGGCAUGGUGGGAUACUCCGGACCUUCCCCAGGGUAUGGUGCCAAUUUCCGAGUUCAAUGACACUCCUAGUCGGCAUAGUGCCAGAAGAAAUCCAUUCGAUGAGGAGUCGCCUUCGUCUUCUUCCCCCUCAUCAUCCGAUGAAGAGCUGUUCACGCACGCACUCACUCUCCAAACUCCCUUGGAACCUGCGCCCGCACCGAGAAAGCCACCGCCACCUCCCCCACCAUUGCGCAUAAAGAGAUCAAAUGGGUCCGUCUCAUAAUCACAUCCUUGCCUCUCAAUCAUCAUGAACAGUUCCGGACAUACUGAACAAACCCAACUAAUUACAGUAUUAAAAUAUACCAUACAAAAAUUCAUAAUUUUAGAUCAGGCCUUGUUUCUUGAGGUCCUCGUACGUCUUUCUGUUAUAGACAUUGCCUUCCUCGUCCUCCAGCUCUUCCAUCGUUUCCUGCUCAAAAAUUUCAUGGCGUCCCU